AUGUUUUCAAUUGGCACAGAUAGUAGUAGUAAGAUACUCUUCGUAUUAUCAACUGCUAUUGGAUGGUAUGUAUGGUUAUUUAUGCGUCGAGUUGGAACACAGAAAUCGACUGGUAGUGUUACUGAUCUAAAUCUUGAAGGCAGUAUUUCAGAAUAUGCAAAAGAUAUUAUAUUGGCAAUUGUUAUUACUCAAUCUGCUAGUCUUUUACAUCGAUAUUUUUGGUGGUUAAUUUUAGCCAUUCCACUUUAUGCUAUCUAUAAAGCCAUCAUGCUCUUUUUCUUUUCACCCUAUGCUCAAUUACGUAGUAGCGGAAAUAAUCAAGGUGAGGAUGAUCAAUCAGAUGGAAAAAAAGGUGGCAAAAGAAAAAUUGUUCGUGUUGCUCGACACUAG